AUGGCUACCUUAAAAGACUUAUAUUCAUAUUAUUGUCGAAGGUGGAACUGCAAGCCCAAUAGCAGCUUCUGUGCCGUCUUAGACGACGAGUAUGUUAAGCAUAACAACCAACGAAUCCUCUAUGAGGUAGACCUAUCGAGCAACUAUUUGGGAAAAAAUGGGCUACGUCCGGUUCUGGACUUGGUGAAAAACUGUAAGACCGUUUCGGUCUUGGAUGUAAGCAACAACCGGUUGGAGCACGAACAGUUGGAAUACCUCGUGUAUUCUCUUGUUCUUCAUCCAUCGAUCCAAAGAGUGUUACUAUGCAAUAAUUGCUUGCAUGAAAAAAGUAUCGACCAUAUCCUCAAGCUCCUCGAUACAAAUCAUAGAAUUGUCGAAUUAGAUCUGUCUGGCAAUAACUUUUUACCGGUUUCGUUGUCUUUGGUAUCGAAAUGCUUAAACCGUAAUCGCAUGCUGCAGGCACAAAUAAAAUCAGAAGAUGAAGAAAUUGCUAAGCACCGCGCCACAUUGGCAGCUAAACCCUUGUUCCAAGCUGAAGUAUACGGUGAGCUCACAGAAAAUACCUCCGGUGGUCACCUACACUAUUCAACGUGGAGGAAGAACCCGCAAUAUCGCAUUUGUGUAUCUCGAACAUCUCGGGUCUCCAUCGUCCUUGAAUCAAGAGGUGGUAUGCUGACACGGCAGGUAGGCUUCGUGAUUAUGCGGUGUGAUAGCAUCCGACGAGUCAUUCAUUUAAAACCGGAUACCAUUGUGGCUGAAAGCCCAGUCGAGGCAGCUUAUUGCGCAACAGAGGUCAUGCUGGAGGAAUCUGGUAAUUAUGUUGUUAUGCCGUUUGUUUUCCGCCCAGGCCAAACUAACAGCUACACACUUAGGGCUACAAUGAUUAACGACAUACCAACUCUAGAAGAGGGGUGGGUCACGCUAGAUCUGAUUGAUGAACAGCAUGAUUGGCGCAAUCGAACUAUAGAUGCAUUAUGGCCAGCAAAAGGAGGAUGCUCCUUACUUAAUACAUGGAGAUACAAUAACAUGUACCAUAUUCGAUACGACAAGUCCGUAAAUGCAUGCUUCCACUCUUCAGAAGUGGAGGUUUAUGUCCUCCUAACGAAAAACAUUGACCCAGAUUUCAACGAUGAGAAAGAAAUUGGACUGGAUGUAGUGUCUGAAAGUCUAGAUGUCCCAGGGCGACCACCUCUUUUCUGCACGCCCGAGGUUCGACAUUGGGGUGCAACGCACGCCCUCCAAACGUCUGUUUCCUUGUCUUUUACUCUUCCUUUAGGGGAACUAAAUGUUUACGUGAUACCCAGCACCAAGGUUACCGGACAGGAGGGCUGCUAUACACUGGAUAUCUUUUGCUCCGCACCCUUUGUAUGCGCUACCUCGGAGUUUCCACACGGGUGGAAUUAUCGUCAACUUGAGAGCAAUUGGAAUGACUUAUGCUGUGGUGGCCUAAGGAGCUUGUACCAGUCGUGGAAAAACAACCCUUCAGUUAAAGUGGAACUGACAUCGCGCCAAGAAUUAACUCAAGAUGGAGACACUGGGGCAGUUUUAAUAGCCUGUUUAGAGCCUCUGGAGGCCCACCACGUAAAAAGUGAGGCAGUGUUAACAGAAAGGGUUGCAGAACUUUUUUCGAAACAACAGAACAAUAACGUUUGCCUAUCUGAUGGUGAAAAGGAACUGAAGCACGCGGCUGAGGCAUUUAGUUUUUACCAGCGCCACAAUCGGCGUAUGUUGGAGGUUUGUUUGACUGUAGUGGACACUGUAGCUCCUCACUUCAACAACCUAGUCUGCACGGAAGUAUCCCACACUGAAGCGCACCUGAAGUUCAUUGGUAAUAAGGACAUCCCUUUUUAUUUGGUAGCAAUGACACGAGAAGCAGGGCAAAUGGGAAACUUUCGGAUGCACCUCUUUUCUCAGUAUCCGUUCGUACUGGACGAUGUGAUGUCGCUGGCCGAACGGGAGCGAGCGGACAAGCUGUCUGAGUAUGAACGAGAAAAGCAACAGAGACGGGCACAACAGGAAAAGGCGAUUCACAACGAAGGACAAAGCUCAAUGCUUGAGGAUGCUGAUUCACGUCAGAAACGGGACGAUAUCUUGGCCAACUGUCUUCUCACAGGGGACUUAUUUAUGGACCGCGACUUUCCUAUCGGCAACUCUUCAUUGUGUCUUGAUCCUGAGGUCACAAAGUGUCAUGGAUUCCCUCAAAAAAUAUCUUGGGUAAGGGCCUCCAGCAUCUCAGAAGACGCUGAGUGUCUUCGCGAAGGAUAUCUGAGUCCGCCAUUUCCUUACAACGCAAGACACUGGUUUGCUUCAGUACUGUAUGCAAUUUCAGCCAAGCCUCAUUGGCUCGCUCAUAUUUUUCUAGAGUACAACAAAAAGGCCGGGUUUGCACGGUUUCUAUUCUUCAAAUUGAACGAAUGGGUGCAUGUGCUUGUGGACGACUAUCUUCCAGUGGAUGCAGCAGGAGCACUUUGUUUGGGUCAUUCAGUGAAUGUAGCUGACAUGUUUUAUCCACUUGCUGAGAAGGCCUACGCAAAGUUACACCGUUGUUAUCAGGUUCUGGAGCCCCAGGUUUCGCCAGGAUUAUCAUUUAAAGAUCUUAUCGUCCAAGGUCUCCGUGAUGUUUCAAGUGGCUAUUGUGAGGUCCACAGUUUGGGCCAUGGUAUCGAGUCUGAGCCCCUGUCGAGGAAUCAAAAAGACAAUCUGUGGCGCAUGUUUAAAGAUUCCAUGAAUAGUAAGGUUCUACUUGCCUUGAUGCUUGACAGUCAAACGUCCAAGGCAUCCGAAAAAAAGAGCGUUGGCAUUUUACUUGAUCAUCUGUACACAGUAACCGAUGCACGCUUCAUCGAGAAACAGCGGCUGGUCAAAGUGCGCAACUGGUGUGAUGACGAAAACACUCGAUGGAAGGGUAAGUGGGGACCUCACAGCCCUCUUUGGACUGAAACACUCCUACAUGCUCUCGAAUAUAACCAUGAUCUUGUUGAAUUCUGGAUUUCUUUUGAUGAGGUAUUAUUUUACUUCUCUGACUUGUUUCAUGUUGAACAACAUGCAAGCGUGUGCAGCAUAUCUGGAGUCCUUUGGGGUUCUGGGAAAGAGAAAAAUGGCCGUGCAGUUGGGACCGACAUGCAACUGCGCUUUCCUCAGUUUGCGAUGCAAAUUUCAAAUGUACCUUCUGGGUGUCAUACUUUGGACAUAGUCGCCGGAGUGCAUCAAGCGGAUGCUAGGUUAAGUAUAACCAGAGAUCAAAAUGCUAAGGCUGAAUAUAAGAACGCGUUUGGUCUUGCAGCAUUAAACACUGAGGAUAACGGUCGCUUUGUCAAAAACUUUGAGGCCAGUGAAACAAUUUCUAUGUCCGUACCGUCUCGUUCACGUGACGUAUUCAUUAAGUUCAAUUUAGAUGCAACGGCAAUAGUCAAACAGACGCAGUUUAUCACACUGAUGGUCCUCCAGGAUAUCGAAAACACUGUCGAUAUCCCUUACUAUAUUACCGCAAGAAGCUCCCAGGCGUGUGUUUCUAUCACUCCGGUAAGCCGUGACUCCACUAUAAAUGUUAAGGGAAAAUGGGCAGGCGCAACGGCGGGAGGUUUACCCCAAGCGUCCACAUGGCGCAACAACCCACAGUUUUUCCUCUAUCCCAGUGAGACGAUGGAGCUCACCAUUUCGUUGAUUCUUGUGUCCUCUACCAUCAAUGAUGGGGAUAACCCCUAUGGCAGCCGGCCCCCCUCAAUCGGCUUCACUGUACAUAAUACUCGAGAUUGCCGCAGCUUCUUGCACUUCGAACCUGAGACAGUUGUGUUUAGCGUUCCUGCUGAUGAAAAACUCUGUGUGCUUGGUACGGUUACACUAUCCGGCAUGAAGGAGAGACGCGGUAUGCCCUACGUUAUUGUGCCUUAUUGCAGUAAUCAGGAACUAGUGGGACAUUUCACUCUAGAGGUACUGAGUAAUCGCAAGGUUUCUUUAAUGCCGAUUGACUCAAGGUUAGACUGGUCUCGAUGCGUAAACAUGGUUCAUGUGGAUGCUUUAUAUGGGAACGCUGGUGGCUCACCGAAGUUCCCUUCGUGGAGAUGGAGUCCGCAGCUGAUUCUUGACUUCCCUAUUUCUCAAGAGGGCCGUCUUUUUAUUUCGGCUGCUAAUUGCAAAGUUGAUGACGUGCGAAACGAAAUUGGCAUGAUUUUGCUUUACAGUGACUUGAGUAUUGAUGAUGGACAUCGACGCAGGUUGUAUUUUGAUAGCAAUGAUAUUGUUGGUAAAAGUGAGGAAGCAAUUGGUCGUGUGAACCUGGAAGUAGAGCUCAACUUACACACACGACCAGGGCCAUUAGUACUUUUGGUAUACACUGUAAUUCCCUACAGGGAAGUAGACAUUGAAGUAAGCUUCUACUCGCAGCCAGCAUUGGAGGUUUCAGUGGCGACUGAUUGGAAGUCGACAGCGCUGCUAGAGGGAUGCUGGGAAUUGGGAAAGACAGCAGGAGGGAGUCGUACAAAAUUUGCUAGUUGGAUAAACAAUCCUUUUGUUGGUCUAUCUGUCAUUCGCCCAACAAAUAUUGUCGCGGUCCUCGUGCAGUACCUUCGCUACAGAGAACCGCCUAUUGUAAAGCGAAACGGUACCAAAAAGGCCUUUUUGCCACCGAUAACGGUAAUAGAAGACCGUAAAACCUUUCUUGAGCUGGAUCUUGUUCGCUAUGAUGAAAGGCUUACACCAAUAUCUAGUGUGGGGCCUUCCAAUAAAGCGGAAGUUGUUCUCGCUCAGAAGUUAGAACCCUGCGAUGAUAAGCCGUAUAUUUUUGUGCCUGCAACCUCACUCAUGGAAGAUAACAACGAUUUUAAGCUUGUUGUAUUUUCGGACCAUCCUAUUGAUCUUUUUCUUAUCGAAAAGUCGCGUUUACCUUAUAUUUAG